AUGUCAAGCAGCAAAAACACUCCGAGUGGCUUCUAUGGGUUCAGUAAGGAGGUUCUCUAUUAUCUUGGAAUUCCUUAUCCGGAAAAGGCAUCUGUUAUUGAUAGAAACGAUGAAACUUUACAAGUGUCUUUACAUGUCUAUGGCAAUAAGUGGAGGCUACUCCCUUGCGUAGAUGAGGAUAUCGACAAUGGUUCUGAUACAACUUCAUCCUAUCAAGGAAGUACAACACAUCCAGAAAUCAAAGACCGUUCAGAUAGUUCACCCCAUCGACAAUUUCUUGUAUCUUUGGGUGGUGAUAAAUCAGAAAAUGAAAAACAGGGUAUAUCGCAAGAACAAACAGAUAAAAUGACUGCCGAUUCAGUUGAAGAUGAUUCAAUGGAGGAAAGUAAUUUUCCCUCUAAGUAA